CCUCUGGUGAUGCAGCCGCCGGCGGAGCUGGCGUCCUCUUCUCCACCUGUCCAUCGAGUCACUUCGAGUCACUUCCUUCCCACUUGUCAUUCGAGUGCCGCCAAAUGCGGCAACAGCGGCGGCGGCGUCGCCUCUGCUGAUGCAGCCGCCGGCGGAGCUGGCGUCCUCUUCUCCACCUGUCCAUCGAGACACGUCGAGUCACUUCCUUCCCACUUGUCAUUCGAGUGCCGCCAAAUGCGGCAACAGCGGCGGCGGCGUCGCCUCUGGUGA